CAUGGAUCUGGAAAUGCGACUGGGAGAGAGUGUGUUAAUGUCUCAGGUUGGAGACGUUGUGCUCCAGCAUUGCCCAGAGUUUCACACUCUCUAUGUGCCAUAUGUGACUAACAUGAUGUACCAGGAAGCCCUUAUCAACCAGCUGCUGUAAGUCCCUGUUCUGUGCUCAACACCACUGAUGGUACUCCACAUCACCAAAUUCUUCAUAAGCCAUAUUCAGUCACAUCUUCUUUUUCAAGGCAGCAGAACAGAGACUUUCUGUCUUUGCUCAAGAAGCUUGAGAGUGACCCACUGUGUCAAAGACAAAGCCUCAAGUCAUUCCUUGUCCUUCCCUUCCAGAGAAUUACUCGCAUUAAACUUCUGCUUGAGAACAUCCUGAAACUGACUGAACCAGACUCUGACUCAGUUUCAAAUCUUGAAAAAACAAUAGAAGCCAUUCAUGAGAUGGUGGCCGAGUGCGACAAGGGUGUCCGAAAACUGAAACAAAUUGAGGAGCUGGUCUGCCUGGAAAUGCUGCUGGAUUUUGGUGAAGUGAAGUCAGUUCCUCUGGUCGUAAGUGGGCGUUUUCUGGUGCACCAGGGUCCCAUGAGACAGCUGACUGUGGCAGGCACUUACAACUCCAGAACGUCAUUCAUCGACGUCUACCUCCAUCUCUUCAAUGACCUUCUGAUCAUCUCUUUGAAAAAGGAUCAACGGUUUAUAGUUGUGGAUCAUGCUAAAUUCCCCACACACGUGCGCAUCGAGCAUCUGAAGACUGAAGUCUUGGGUUUACCCCCAGACUCCUUCCUGCUGCAUCUCUCUCAAAGUCAAACAGGACAUCCGACCGCCAUGAUACUUGUUACUUACACAAGGUCAGAUAAAGAGGCUUGGAAGAAGGUGCUGUUGAGUAAACCCUGAGGGGAACAUGAUGAUUUUAAUUUUCUACAUCCAACUUGGGUUGUUUUUAACUUGUCCAUUAAUGUAUGCACUUUGAUAACUAACAAAACU